AAGAAACCUUUGUCAUCCAUCGAGACCAUCCCACCAUUGAAGUUCUCUUUGCGACAAACGACGCGCCGAAGCAUUCUUUCGAUUCAUCUUGCUCAAUCAAACCUGGCCAGCAUCUAGUCCAGUCAGCUCUGUCCCGUAUUUGCCUUUCUCACCAGCUUCUUCCCAAUCAACGCGUCGAAGUGCUGCCCGCCGUCGUGCCUUCCCUUCCUCCUGCCACGAUGUCGAACCACCAGCAGACCUCGCGCGCCAAGCCUGCCCCCCCAGGCACUGAAGAGGCCUCAUCUUCGCUGAACUUAGGUGAAUUUCAGCACGUGGAUACACUGACGCUGUCCGAGGCGGCGCUGGUCAUUAAUGCGCUUGUGUCGAAGCGGCGCACCGAUCGCAAGAACGUGAAUGAGACAGAGAUGCUCACCAAGACGGUCGACUACCUAGACGCCUUCUCACGCUUCAAGAAGAAGGAGCACGUCGAGGCCGUGGAGCGCCUACUGAGCGCGCACAAGGAGUUCCACAAGUUCGAGCGGGCGCAAUUGGGUAUGUUUUUACGACACUUGCUGGGAUACAAAAUUGGAUGAGGGCUCCAUGAUGGACUGAAAACUGAUCCGGGCUUUCUUCUGCGACUUUAGGCUCGCU